AGCGCCGCGCGGAGCGGAGGGGCGGGGUCACGAACUCUGACCUCCCGGAGCCGGAGCCGCCACCGACAAAUAACCCCCCAGGAGAGGCCGCCGGGAGCUGGGCCCGCCAGGAGUCUUCACAGAGUGAUUAUGCAUGCGAGGUGUGAAGUGUAAUCUAGGUACCAUAGGAAAUUCUGGUGAUUAAAGAUCAUGGCAACCAUAGAGGAACUGGCCCAUCAAAUUAUUGAACAACAAAUGGGAGAGAUUGCGCAUUCCCAAGGAACUGUUACUCAAACACUAAUGGAUGGGACAGCACAAAGAAUACAAAUUGUCCCAGCGGAUUCAGGUCUCUCUUUACCACAACGCAUACAAAUUGUCACAGACCAGCAGACGGGCCAGAAGAUUCAGAUUGUUACUGCACUUGAUCAGAGCACAGCAGGCAAGCAGUUCAUCUUAACAAAUCAUGAUGGCUCUACCCCAAGCAAGGUGAUCCUUGCCAGACAAGAUUCCACUCCAGGAAAGGUUUUCCUAACAACUCCAGAUGCUGCAGGUGUCAACCAACUGUUUUUUGCAUCCCCCGAUUUAUCUGCACAACACAUCCAGAUUUUAACAGACAACACUUCCACUGAACAGACCCUAAAUAAAGUAUUUGAUCUCUGUGUCGUAUGUGGAGACAAAGCAUCAGGACGUCAUUAUGGAGCAGUAACAUGUGAGGGAUGCAAGGGAUUCUUUAAAAGAAGCAUACGAAAGAAUUUAGUUUAUUCAUGCCGAGGGGCAAAAGACUGUGUCAUUAACAAACAUCAUCGAAACCGAUGUCAGUACUGUAGGCUGCAGAGAUGCAUCGCGUUUGGAAUGAAACAGGACUCUGUUCAGUGCGAGAGGAAACCAAUUGAAGUAUCACGAGAAAAAUCUUCAAACUGUGCGGCUUCUACAGAAAAGAUCUACAUUCGAAAAGAUCUGCGCAGCCCACUUGCUGCAACUCCAACUUUUGUAACCGACAAUGAAACAGCAAGAUCAACAGGACUGCUAGAGUCAGGAAUGUUUGUAAAUAUUCAUCAGUCCGGAAUAAAAAGUGAGCCUACUGUGCUUAUGACACAAGAUAAGGUUGAGGCCUGUCAGGGGGAUUUAAGCACACUGGCAAAUGUGGUAACAUCAUUAGCAAAUCUCAGUAAGUCCAAAGACAUGUCUCAAAGUAGUGCUGAGCUGUCUAUGAUUGAAAGUUUAAGCAACGGAGAUACAUCAUUGUCUGAACUUCAUCAAGAAGAGCAAGCAAGUAGCGAUGUUACCAGGGCAUUUGAUACUCUUGCGAAAGCACUAAACCCAGGAGAGAGUGCAGCAUGUCAGAGCUCUGCAGAGACUGUUGAAGCCAAUGUACAUCUGAUUGGUGGAGAAACAAGCAUGAAUAUCGUUGAAAUAGAGGGGCCACUUCUCAGCGAUGCACAUGUAGCUUUCAGGCUCACCAUGCCUUCUCCGAUGCCUGAAUACCUGAAUGUUCAUUACAUCUGUGAGUCAGCCUCCAGACUACUCUUUUUGUCCAUGCACUGGGCACGCUCCAUUCCUUCCUUCCAAGCUCUAGGGCAAGAUAACAGCAUAUCAUUAGUAAAAGCCUGCUGGAAUGAACUUUUUACACUUGGUCUUGCACAGUGUUCACAAGUGAUGAAUGUGGCAACUAUAUUAACUGCAUUUGUUAAUCACCUGCAUGGUAGCUUACAGCAAGAUAAGCUGUCUACAGAUAGAGGAAAACUAGUGAUGGAGCAUAUCUUCAAACUGCAAGAGUUCUGUAACAGUAUGGUUAAGCUUUGCCUAGAUGGGUAUGAAUAUGCUUAUCUGAAAGCAAUCGUCCUCUUCAGUCCUGAUCACCCAGGUCUAGAAAAUGUGAUACAGAUUGAAAAGUUUCAAGAAAAGGCUUACAUGGAGUUCCAAGAUUAUGUAACAAAAGCAUAUCCAGAUGAUACCUACAGGCUAUCUAGGCUUCUUCUCCGAUUGCCUGCCCUCAGACUGAUGAGUGCCACCAUCACAGAAGAGUUGUUCUUUGCAGGACUGAUUGGAAAUGUUCAGAUUGACAGCAUCAUCCCAUAUAUCCUAAGAAUGGAGACAGCAGACUACAACUCUCAAAUUAUUGGUCAUUCUGUAUAAAGGUGGAAAACAAGGAUUCUAUGCCGUGGUGACGUAAAUGUACAUCACCAUGGCAGUCAUGGCAUACUGUCUCCAAGAGAUGGCAAGAAGCCUUCCCCGGCAACUUUUAAAAAUGUAAAGAAGGCUAAAAUUCCUCCUUUCCUGUACAUUUGUGAAAUGCUGCAGAGUGUCUUGAGGGAUACAGGAUGACUUCCUGUUUUCAUCUGGUUUUCAAGGACUUGUAAAUUAUCUGGCAUUUAAUGAAAAUCAAAAAUUGUCCACUGUAUUUUUGUAGAUAGAUGAACCUGGAAUUUUGUUUAUGAAGUCCAAAACGAAUAGGAAAAUCCAGCCUGGUGAAGAAGAGUGUUGACUGAAUUAAGGUGUCACUACUUAAUUUUAGAAAAAAAUAAAUAAACCUUCUUCUCUGAGUUGUGUUUUCAGUGUUUUGCUAUAAUUCAUUCUCACUGAUACAAUGGAACGUGAUGGUCAGAAAUCCUAAAAAGGUAAAAAUAUUUCAAUUGAAGUGAGACCUUUGUAAUCAACUUCAUUUUUCUUUCAGCUACUUUGAAAGGAGCUGAAGUUCUUGUUUUAUGAAGCAGUUGGUACCAUGAAAAGGGCAGGGAAAUAAUAGAAAGCACGCAGAUUUUUUUUAAUAUUCUGUUGAUACCUCGAUGCAGCAGAUCAUAGUCCACCUCCAUUAUUGGCAAUAAGAUUGAUGCUAUUCUGGAUGUCAAGAGUUUAAUAUGUUCUAGUGUUGUGUAUUGGCAGAUACUAGCUAUUUGUAUUAUACAGUGGGAAACUGACUAAGAAUAAACUAUUUUCCAAAAUAGUUUAUUACUAUAUCAGAUUUCUGUUGUAUUUUUCUAACUAAAUAAGUUUCUAGUACUGAUUGAGCCUAGAGUACACGUUGUUCUGUGCCUGGUGGGCCAUCAUUCUUCUAUUUAUCAUGACCUGAGGCCCUAUAAUGCAGGUUCUUCUGUUCUCUCCACCACAUUCUCUCCCUCCCCCAAGGUUUGAAUAAAUCUUUUCACUUUUUGUAAUAUAAAUUCAUGCUUCUGAUCAGGAGCUGAGUUUUCUUAGUAGGGGUAAUCUUAAACAAUAAAACAGAUAACUGAAUAAAGGGAUUUUUAUUUUUAUAUUCAUUUUGUUCAUUUACCAGCAUUUAUUUUAACUGUUGCAGUUAUUAUUGCACUUUGGUGUCUUAUGGGCUUUUUUAAGGAGUGAAGCUUGCUUUGAAGUUUACUGCUGCUCAGAUAAAUGUACCAGCGUUAAUGAGUUUCAGCUCAAGCUCAUAACUUUUUUGUCUAAACAGACACAUUUUUCUGAUCAACAGUGUCCACAGAUUCUCACAUCAUUGCCAUUCUGAUUGUUUUCGGUUUCAUGCUGUUGAAUAGCUUCUGCUGUCUUCAGUUAAAUUUUUCUGAGCUAUGUUGAUGUUGGAUAGAAGGCUGGCCAAUUUCUUUCCUAUUUUGUUACAGUCCGGUAACAUCAGUUGACCUACUACUGAAAAUUAAACUCUGAAAAUUACUACAUCAUGGGCAUUAAAGGUAUUUUUAAAAAUUCUCUAGCUUGACAAGUUUUUUGGGGAUGUCCCCCACAACACCUACUUUAUUUAUUUUCAGCAUUCAGUCUUCGCCAAUCUAACUAGUUUGCAUCUAGUCAAGACUUGUCAAUCUAUGGUCUUUACCAGACAAUAAAGAAUGGCCUCUUUGCCAGUUGAAGGAUAAAAUUAUUUGCAACAGGUUUAUAACUUUUGAUUUAAGGAAAAAAUUGAUUUUUAGUAUAAACAGUUUGAAUGGAAAAGUGAAUAGUUUUGUACAUUUCAAUUAAAGAUGGGAGCACUGUUCUAAAUAAUGAACUGAGUAGUUCAAAAUAAUUUUUUCUUAAAAAUAUUUAUUGUACAGUGUGCUAGAUUGUUUCUUACUGGUAUAUUUCCUGGUACAGCUUAUAGUUACAUUUUGAAUAGUUUCAAAAGAACUUCAUUGUAAUGUCAACUGCAUUACAAACCAAUCCUGUCCUCUUAGUACAUUUGUUCUGUGUCCCCUCUCUUCAGUGUCACUGAAAGUCAUUUGUUUGCUCAUUCCAUCCCACAUCUACAUCUUACUGGUAGUUCAGUUUUAAUAUAAGCAUCAGAAUGUCGCAGUGAUUGUCUUGCUGUUGUAUAAAAGCUACUGUAAAUGUCUUGAAACCUGACUAAAAUUGUAAAUUCUAUUUUGGCUGUAUUUUUUAAAAUAAAUUGUAACUUUUUAUUAUAGAAUAACAAUUGCAAUUACCUAUCAAUUUGUAGUAUUUUAUAUGAAUCGAUACAUAGACUGUGACAGUGUAUUCAAUUUCUUAUAGGUUGUCUGGGUACACUAUUGUUGUGCAAUGUAAUAUUGUCAAUAAGAAGACAUUGGGACAAUGCUAGUAGUUUGGUAUUUCUAACUUUGCCAUUAACACUUAGUUUCUCUAGCUGUUAGCUUAUGAGUUUGCAUACAUAAUACAUCUGAUAAUUUAUUGUAAAACUUUGACUAAGCAGUAUCCUUUGCUUUUAAAGCACUAUACAUUGAUAAUUAUAGAAACGUGCCAUUAUGAGUUCUGGUAAUGGUUGUUCAUGUCACAAAUUAUAAUUUAUAUUUCAGGAUGUUUAUUCAAUGCCAUCAGAACUAAAAGACUGGUGAAUCAGUUUUGGAUAAGAAGUAGGACAUUGCUGGAUUGGAAGAUUUUUUUGGUUUGUUUAAGAAUGUAUUACAAAUUACAGCAGCAAUUCUGAUUUUGGUCUUGGUUUUAUCUCAGUUUUAAGUGUUCAAGGAUACAAUAGUUCUUGGAGAAAUCAUUAAAACACUGAAGGUCGUUCCAUAUUUACCAUUGUGGAAUUGGCCUCUGGAUCCAUCUCUUGUUACAGAAUUUAGCUUCUCACUGGUAGCUUAAAUAUUUAAAAAAUUAAACGUCUAUUUCAUUGCAACCAAAAGACAAUCUUCUGAAUGUAACUAAUGUGGUGUCCACAAGAGCGUGCUGGUAACCUGAAACAAUAGCCCAAGGGAACGAAUUGCCAUUUAUUUUGGGGAGUGUUAAGUCUGAAAUAUAGUUAUGACAAUGUAAGUAUCAAAGCUACCUGUUUUGCUGCCUGUCAUCUUUGCAGAAACAUCCAGUUAAUGUGUUUAUUCCUCAUUUGUUGGGAACAAUGGUGGAUGUUGGCAUUUGAGUGGUUGCAAAUUUGCCUGAUUGCAAGAGGAGGGAAUAAGGAAUCUUCCCCCAAAAACAAAAUUAAAUCUGUGUCUCACUCUGGCCCCAGUGCCCACCUGAUCUCAACCCCUGCUGCCAGGUCCUGUUCCCCAUCCCUGCCAAUCUCUAUACGUUAUCUUUCAACUCUGCUUCCUAAUCCAUUUUCCCUCACACAGCUUUGUGCUCACCCAAGAAGGGAAGAAAUGAGUCUGGAGAGGAGCUUUAGGGAAGAGAGUGAUCCUCUGGUGAAUCAUAGGAAGCUUGUUGGAGUGCAGCUUCUCUCCAGCUUUUUCUCCCCUGGCAUAUUUCCUCCCUCAGCAGAAACUCCACAGUUUCUUCCAUGAGAUGGUCUGUGUCACACACAUCCACUCUCCCUCUGUACCUCCCCUAUUUAUUCCUACUCCCCCUAUGACUUCCCAAAAUAUUUUCUACAUCCUCCCCAUCACAUGCACCCUGCUUUCUCCAUGAGCUCACUCCUGUUUCUCUAAUACAAUACACACACAGCCCACACCAAGCCAUGAAUGCCUCUGGACAACUCUCAUCCCGCCUCUGUGACCUUCCUCAUACAGCCCUGCUUCCCCUAACCCCAAGCACUCAAAUGCAAAGCCCUAGCCUCAACCUCAUAUUUGUUAAUUUACAAAUAACACAUCACAGACUUUUUCACUACAUGCGUGCCCAUAAGAAAUACUUGGUUGUCUGCAGUUAAGGUUUUGCGUUUCAAUGUAAUUGUGAGAUACUGGAUGUGUGCAUUGUGGCGUGAUUCUGUGGUGGAAUUGAAAAGGUGUCUGCUGUACAUCUCUGGAAUUUGUUGUUAUGCUUGAGUAUUCUAAUGUUUGGGUAAUGUUGAAGUUGAAGAUGCUGUGGCUGUUGAUACUGGCUUAACUAGCAAUUGUUCUGAUUUUUAGUGAUUGGGUUGUUAGUAAAGGUUGCUCAAAUUAACUUCCUAAAUUAACUAGGAGUGUGGGGAUGGGGUGAGAGGUAAUUAGUACAGCUCAUUUCAUUUAUAGCAGAACACAUGAAUUGAGUAUAGGGAUUCUCCUUGUUAAAUAUUCUGAAGCCUUCAGAUAGUUGGAGUUUUGGAUAAUUGAGAGAGCCAAACUGCCAGGCCCGAAAGCCUAUCUUCAUACCAGCUCCCAUAAUUAGAAAUUAUCUGAUUAUAUGAUUAGAUUAGCAAGACACGGUGGUUGAGGUAAUAUCUUUUAUUGGACUUACUUCUG